AAGCAGCAAUUGCGGCUUGCCAACGGAAGACGCGCUUGCGGCGUACUUCCGUCGCUCUAGCCAAGGAAGAUGGCGGCGUCCCAGCAGCAGGCUUCGGCGGCUACCUCAGCUGCUGGCGUGUCGGGCCCGGGAUCCGCGGGUGGCCCGGGUCCCCAGCAACAGUCGCAGCCUACGCAACUGGUGGGACCUGCGCAGAGCGGGCUCCUGCAGCAACAGCAGCAGGACUUCGAUCCUGUGCAGCGCUAUAAGAUGCUCAUCCCGCAGCUGAAGGAGAGUCUCCAGACUCUGAUGAAGGUUGCAGCCCAGAACUUGAUUCAGAACACGAACAUUGAUAAUGGGCAAAAGAGCAGCGAUGGACCCAUACAGCGCUUUGACAAGUGUCUGGAGGAGUUCUAUGCCCUCUGUGACCAGCUGGAGCUCUGCCUGCGCCUGGCCCAUGAGUGCCUUUCGCAGAGCUGUGACAGUGCGAAGCAUUCUCCGACGUUGGUACCCACGGCCACCAAACCAGACGCCGUGCAGCCAGACAGCUUGCCCUACCCACAGUACCUGGCUGUCAUCAAAACCCAGAUUGCCUGUGCCAAAGACAUUCACACCGCCCUACUGGACUGUGCCAACAAGGUCACAGGCAAGACUACAGCGCCCUCAACUGGCCCUGGGGGCAGCCUCUGAGGUCUUGGGCCAGGAGGAGGGUGGGGCAGUGAAUGAAGAGUGGCCUAAGGCAAAGCAGCUGGCUCCUUCUGAUUUAUUCUUGGAGAGUCUGAACAGUGUGGCCGAAGCCAGCAGGGGGUAGCAGAGGCCCGUGCAUGGCAACAGCACAGACCCAGCCUGCCCUCCCACUGCCACUUAAUGCUCUGCUCUGACCUGGGGUGGACCUGGAACUGGGUGGACUAGAUGACCUCAGCUCCUGGGACCCUACUACCAUCCCCAUGUCCUACCUGGCCUGGGUGUGGCCGGCUGGCCCUUCAGACAGACCUUCCUGAGGUUGACCCAUUGCAUCACCCUAUGAACUCCUUCCAGCUAUUUAUGCCCCCAUCCUACCUCUUUCUUGCCUGUGUCUCCCUGCCUCUCUCUACUAGCCCCAUUGUUGCCUUUUGCCCCCAACUUCUAACAGGGACUCUGUGAGGGGUACCUGGGGCUAGAGGAAGGUCAGCUGGCUCAACCACAGCCAAACCCAGGGCUCACCUGGCCCAGGAAAGGGGAAACGCAGAAGUCGAGGCCUGACCUAGACACACCCAACUGGGGAGCAGCUGGGGCCCCCACUUGGUCCCUGCGUCAGCAGAGCUCCAGUGAGAGGCAUUGUGCAAUGUGUGGGGAGGCCUGGCUCAGUGGACGCCUGGGUCCCUAUAUUUUUAGCCCCAAAGCAGAAGUGAAAAGGCCCAGCAGGGAUGAAUCAUGGGGUUCUGGGGAAGAACCCAGCUCCGGGAAGCAGGCCCUGGGGAGGGGGCUUCAGGGAGGGAGGGAGGGCCCCACCAGUGCCUCACUUCCCCCAAGGACUUUGGGGAGCUUGGCCACAGCCUUCAGGCCUGGACAAGUGCCUGGCAGAGCUACAGGGCCAGGCCCAGCUGUCAGUUGAAUAGCUAGAGUGACUCAGCAUGGUUGGGGGAACCACCCCACCCAACACCUUCAGUGCCCUGGCUCCCAGCACCUUAUGUACUGGACCCAUACUUGCAAAGAAACCCCGAGACCAUGGGGACCUCUAUAAUUCACCAAGAGCACAAAUCCGUACACUGGAAAGUCACCAUCAGCAUGAGAGUGUGCACACACCUGCCAGUCAUUCCUCUCCCUGCUUGCCUGGAUUGGGGAGGACAGUGUCUUCUGCAGGGAAACCUGAGCCCUGGCCCCUUCCCAUUGCUAUCCUCCUGCUGUCUCCCAAGUCAUCUAGGAUGGUAGUCAACUGACCUUAAUUAUGUUUGGGGUUUUGGAAACAGGGUCUCACUCUGUAGCCUAACCUCUAUCACUAUAUACUCCAGGCUGGUUUCUAACUCAUAGCAUUCUACCUACCCCAAUUUCUUAAGUGUUGGGAUUAUAAGUUGUGAGCUACCA